AUGGAGCUGUACCUCAGCGCCUGCUCCAAGGCCGCCAACGUGGCUGCCACCAAGGCGUCCACCAGCAACUUGGGGGAGGACAGAGAACAGUGCCAGUGCCGAGACGGGGCGCACAAAACCCCCAUCCCAGGGGUGGGAGCCGCUCAGCUCCUGGAUCUGCCUCUGGGGGUCAAGCUGCCUAUGAUCCCAGGAAGUGAUACUGUGUUCUUUACUACCAAUAUCAGUGAGAAGCUUUUUCAACCUUCCUAUGGUUUUAACCUGAGUGAUCCUUAUUGUCGACUUUUGGAAACCCAAUAUAAAAGUCUCCACGAUCCACAUUUAAGAGCAUACUAUAAGCGCAAAGAUAUCCUGAGGAGAUUAAAGAAAGGAGGCUACAUUACCAGCAACAAUAAAAUUGUAUGUACCCUGAGGGAAUUAAAUAAAUACAGGCAAUAUCUUACCACCAUAAAAUUGGACUUUGAAAGAAACUAUUUAAGAGAACAGCAAAUGAUCAUAAAACAGCUACAUAAACUGCAAGAAAACAGUCGACUUCUGCAUUGUUCCCAUGUUACCCAGUUCCAGAAUUGUUUGUUACAUGACAACACCCAGUUUGUUAAAGACCAGGAACUUUUAUUAAGGCACAGGUAUUUGGAUAUGAUAAGGAAGGAAUUAGAACAACUUGAUCACAAAGCAGAAGAGCAAUGCCUACUCCAAAUAGACAGGGAAGAGAAACGACAGUGGGAACACACACGGAAAAAUCUUGGUCUCUGCAGAAAAAUUGAAGAGGAAUGGAAGAUGAAGGAGAUGUUGCUGCUGACAAAGAUCGGAGAAGAUGUCAAAAGAGAACAGAGGGUAGAGGAGCAAAGGCGUAAAACCAGAGAAGAGAGAGAUCGAAGGAAACAGGCACGGCUAGAGAAAAAAAUGGCUUAUCAUUUACAAAAAAUGCAGAAUAGUGGCUUUAAAGAAGGUAUGGGAAGAAGUGCACUUGAUAACAGGGGACAAAAUGGGAUUCCGUACAAGUCUUCUACAAAGAAGAAAAAGAAAACUUUUGAUGAUAUAAACUCUGUUUAUCCUGUUGGUGAGCAGAAAGCAUAUAAAGGAACACAGGGAAAUGUAGGAAAUGCUGUUGGUCAGUCUCAAAGUACUUCAAAAAAUGUCACAAAAAUGUCAACAUCUUCAGUUGCUUAUCAGCCAGAUAUACAGAAUAACAUUUCAGAACGAAAGAGAAAUGGAAUGAUGACUAAGAAAUCAAGUGAUGAAAGAGUUCCUGUAAAUACUUCAGGUCAAGAUUCACUUCUUUCAGCUCAACCUUCACCCACGAAAAAUGGCCCUAGACAUUCACAGUCAUCGUUGCCUCCUCAUAGAGAUGAGAAGGAGAUGCAUGGUGAUUGGAAUGCAAAACCAAAUAUGAAGUCAAGCUACGUUGGUGAACCAGGACCUCAGGGUUGUGCUCCAGCACCCCCAGGUAUUUUUUCUUCUCCCGUUGACUCAAAUAUGCAACAAAAUCUACAAAAUUGUCUGCAAGAUAAAGUAUCAUCUGAAGAACUAAAUAGUAUAAUUCAAAAUAUCAUGACCUGGGUUGUAGCUACAGUGACCAGUAUAUUAUAUCCAGCCAUUACAAAAUAUGAAGAAAGGCUGAAAAAUAAUACCUAUCCAGUAUCUGAUGACUCUGACAUUUCUUCAGAUAGUUCAGGUCUCUGUAGUACAUGCAGUGAAGGGCUUACACACGGAAGCUACGCAACUGAAGCAACCAAAACAUUUCAAGCAGAGCCUUGCACAACUGCUAAAGACAUGCCAGUGAAGAAACCACCCACACCUUUGAAACCUCCUUCUGCCCUUGUGGAAAAAACAUCUGCUGGAAAAACAUAUCACAGGAAAGGACAAACUAUAUUAUCUGACCUCAAAUAUAAUAAAAUCAGCUCGGUAUAUCCAUACCCUAAGCUCAAAGGUAGUAAAUCUGAUAGUCACCUUCUAACAUCAUUUGAAUCAGGAUCAAGAAAAUCUCAGGAUGCUACCACAGAAACAGAUAGUUUAGAGAAUCCAGUGCUAUAUGAUAAGAAAGCAAAGGCCAUGGAAGAGAUGAAGAAUUUAAAGAAUGUUCUUGUAAACUUUAAGUGCCAUUUGAAAGGAGAAACACAACUGAUUUUAGAAAGUAUUUUUCAAGAAAUAAUAUCUGAUUUAACCCAGGCUAUUCCUUCUCUUUCUUCUGUUACUGCUGAAGUUUUUGUUGACCACUGUGAAACUGAAAAAGAAGACUUGCUCUCCAAUGUUGAUAUCUGCUCAGUAGCUUCAGAGAUUGUGGAAAAUAUACUUGAGAAGCUAGAAUCUGCAGUUGAGAAAAAAUGUGUUCAGAUAUUUUCACAAGAAGAUUUGUCAGUUGGCAUUAAGCCAAGUUUAUCAACAAGUGGUGAAUAUUUCUCAUUGUUAGAUAGAAAAGCCUCUGAAGAGACAUGGACUUUGGAGCAAAUGUAUGUAAUUGCAGAGGAUAUGGUACAUGCGAUUUUAGAAAAGUUGAUGACUCUUGCUUCUUAUAGGAAAAAUGAAAUUCCUCCUGAAGAAACAGCUAAACCCUUGCAGCAGCAACAUAAGACAGACCCAACAUUGACAGUCCUUCAAAGAACUGACAGAAAGAAAUCUAGCCCUGAAUCAGAUACAGCUAAUCUAAUUAUCAAAGAAGAAAUUAAAAACUUAAUAUCAAAUGUUUUUUCACAAUCCUCUCUUGUUGGUUAUAUAGAAGAAGCAAUCAGCACUAUACUAGAUUAUGUACAAACUGAACUUAAUAAUGAGAGACUUAUUGCCUCUGAAGAAACAGUAGUACUCCUUCAGCUAUUGGAUGACAUCUUAACUCACCUCCACCAGGAACCAGAAAAAGCAGAUGUUAAAAAACAUAGACAACUUAGAAUAAGAAAUCCUUCUAACACUGAAGAAAAGUAUAGACUCACUGGCACGAGAUUAUCUAAUGGUCCUAGAACUAAAAUAACAUUUCUUCCUGUUAAUGUCCCAGGUAUGGUCCUUUAUUCUGAAGAUGAUGAUGAAGAAAUAGACAACCUUGUGAAAAAUGUGGUUGAUUCAUCCUUCAAUGAUGAAGAAGCAGACUCACAAAAACAGAGUCCUAAUCAUUGGCCUGCAAAGAGGGAUACUUGUUUUGAAUUCAAAAGAAUCAACAAACCUCCUGUAAAGCCUCCUUCUCAAAGGGAAGUUGAAUGUUAUGAUUGGGGAUUAAAGAUGGAGUUAUCAUCUCUUAAAAAUGAAGAUGUUUUAAAGACGAAAUCCUGUUUAGGUAAAGAUUUUUCAAUUUUCAGCCAAGAUCAAAAGCAUCAAAUACAAAAGGCUUCAGAAAGCAUUGUUAAACAUAUUUUAACAGAAAUGGUAAAGGAUGUAUCUACUGCUUCUUCUGGUUACUUGGGAAGCAAAACUGGUGAAGAAGCUUCUGUUUUCAUUUCAGAAGAAUAUAAAAGGCUGUCAGACCAAGAAUGGAUGGACCAUAUGUUCUCUGGAUCAGAAAUCAGUGUAGUAGCUCAUGAAAUAACAGAUUCUGUAAUGAAUAUACUUCAUAAGUCCUCAAGGUACAUUCUUGAUACCGUUAAAAGCACCAUUUCAUCAGUUCCUCACACUCGUGAAGAUCAUUCUGACACUCCUCACAUAGACAAAGAAGCACCAAAAAAAAUGCCGUUCAAAGUAUGGUUUGAUAGUGAAAAGAAAAUGAAAUACUUACCUUCACUCAGUGUAGAGUCUGAAAAGACUUCCUGGUCAAGAUCUGGAGAAACUGAACUGAGGUGUGUAUAUGACAUUACUCAUAAGAUCAUUGAUACAAUUUUUAAAAGACUAAAGUUAUUUGUUUGUCCAAAAUUGCAAAUGGGCCUCAAAUCUCCACUGGUAAAGAAGUCAUUACAGUCUCAACUUAGUGCUUACACAAUGAAAAUAGUCAGCAUUGUUUUGGAUGCUAUCCAGAAUGAACUAGAACUCAACGACAUAAACCUAAAUCUUAGGGAAACAGACCAUGCCAAACACCUUGUAAAUAGAGGCUUGUUUGUUGAUUCUGAUAAAACAUUAGACUCUAGUGAUACCAGUAAUGACAUUAUCCAUAGUUCAUUACUGACAUGUAUUUGUGAGUUGUUAUCAAAUGAAUAUGAGACAACUACUUCAGCCUCUUCAGAUAAGUCUUUGUCUGCAACUUUAUGUGGAUCCGACAAUGUUAAUAAACAAAACAUUUUGCCAAAUAAAGAGGAUAAAAAGUCUUUUUGCCAGUAUUUGGCUAUGCCCUGUAUUCUCCACAGUGUCAUUUGUGGAAAGGAUGUAAAAGAUGGUUCCAAACUGCAAGUGUUAGAUCGAAUUGGAGAAACAGUGUGUGAAAUGUUAAGCAAGCUCAUGGGUGCCCAGUCUGACCCUCAGCCAUCUUGCAGUCAGCAGAACACAGAGCAAAUACAUAAGGAUCACCACACGAUGACCCCAGUACUCUCCAACAUUCAGCUGAUUUCCAAAGCAAUUCUGGAAUAUAUCCUUGCAAAAUUGUGUGGUGUUGACAUACAUACCAGUUUUGUAAGUUCUGGAUUUAAAGCUGUAUCAGAACCUCUUGACAUUGACAACCUAUCAUUUUCUUCAGUCAUGGAGGAAAUGGCCAAAUGUGCCAACAUAAUCUCCAGCAUAAUUUCCAGAAUGGUGAAGGAUAAUAAAGAGAAGGCCAAAAGCAAGGCAAAAAGUGUUGUUUCAGUGUCUUCCAAAACAGAAACCUUAAAAGAAAUGUGCCCAAGUAAACUAAAAGAUGUCACUGCAGAUAUUCUUAACAUGGUUUUUGCUAAACUGGAAGGAUUUGCCAAUGGAAAUUUGGAAACUGUAGGUGUUAUUAAUGAUGAAAAUAAAAAAGGAAGGAUGAUGGACUGGGAAUAUGGAGGUAACAAUGCUCUCGCAGAUACAUGUGAUAAAUCAUUGCUAUCUACUUUAUACAUGCAUGCAAAGAAGGUGUCAAGUGCUAUUUUGAAAGCCAUUCAAACAGAACUAAAUGUGAACUUAUCAGAUUGUAGGACAAGUGCAAAAAACUCACAACAGGAGACACAAAUUCUUACGAAUAUAGUUGAUUUGAUUUUAGAUGUAUUUUCUUCAGAUAUGUUUGUUGAAACUGAAUCUGAGAACAGAGGCACUGAAACUCAUCGAUACUGGCCAAUUUAUGGAAAUUUUCUUCCUGGAGGAGCUGAAUCAGAGUCAUUUUUGGAUGAUGAUACACAUAAAAAUACUGAAUUCACUAGAGUGAGAACAUCACUAAGAGAAGAAACUAAAACCUUUUCUUCUGACCAACAGGUUCUAGAAAGGACCUUAAACAAAAUUGAAAUGAAACUCAAAGAACCACAAAAAUCUCCAAUUGUUCCCAUUAUAAAAAACAUCUUGAAUGAAAUUUUUCAAAGUGCUCUAAUCGAUCAGUUAAAUGUGCUUUCUCUCUCACACUCUCAUUUUAGUGGCAUGCCUCACAAUGUUCAUGAAUCAACUGCUCAAACACAUGUUCAGUUUAGGGAUCCACUGAUGGGUCCUUUCAUAUCUGACACAGAUGUAACUGAGGUGGUAAAUGAUGUUGUUAAAACUGUAUUUCACAAACUUUAUUCAGCUGCCAUGACAGAAAGAGAAAUUAAUGAAAACAGAUGUGAAACCAUCAUCUUUUCAACCAAUGUUUCUUUUCAUGAACGUUCAUUUGGAGGGAACGCCCCUGUCCCUGUGUUGAACGGAAAUCCAUGUACUCUUCAGUCCAGUUUGAAUGUUGACAAAAAAAACAAAAUAAAUGUAGUUGAAGAUAUUGUACAGGCAAUAUUAGAAAAUUUAGAAGCAUUUGCUGCUUCUAAAGUACAAUCUCUCUUUUGUUCCCAAGUCGACUUCACAGUUCCAGUGACUUUGCCUGUUCAGCAGGAAAAGAGUACAUUAAACAAAGAACUAUCAGUCAAAGACUCCUAUUCUGAUAAGCAAAUUUCCUGUUGUUCAGUGGAUCAUAGUAAGCCAGGAAAGACUGAUUCAUUGUGCCAACUGCCUUUGUCCAAAUUAAAUAUUUAUGCAAAAGAAGUGGCUAGAAAAGUUUUGCAAGGUAUCAAACAUGAGUUAGAUAAAGAACGGGAAACUCCUUUCUUGACACCUAAUAUUGUGGUUUCUGGAAAUAUUGCAAGUCAGAUUGUGAACACAGUGCUUGAGAUUGUAUCAUGCAGAAGCAAGUGUGACAAAAACAAUUCUGACAAAGAGAAUUAUUCAGAUCAGCAAGGUGGUAUUAUUGAAAAGCUGUUCAAUAAGACGGAAUAUCAAAAAAUACUCCAGUUUCAAAUAGAAGAUACCGUUGAAAGGAUCUUACAUGAUAUUUAUGAAAACAUCCUGUAUCAGAAUUAUCCCUCAUUUGCCACAUCUAAUGUGAAAUAUAACAUACCUGGCAGACAUUUAAAUGGGGGUUUUGAGCCAUUUAAUAAUCAUGCAACUAUUAUCCCUGAAGUGUCAGUUCCAAAGUCAGAUGUCAUUUUGGUCUCUAAAGAUAUAGUGGAUAUUGUACUUCGUAAUCUUACUUCUUUGGUAAUCCUUGCCAUAAACGCAAAAGACCCUGUUUCUGCAAGAUUGGCCACCUAUGAUGCAUUUCCCCAAACACAGUGCCAGCACUCUCUUUUUAUAGCAUCAAAAAGUGAAGGAAGAAAAGAACAUUUUCCACACUUAAAAAAUAAGAAUUUAGCUUAUGCUAAUGAUUAUCAGAUACCUGUGAAGGAAAAAGAUGGCACUGUGGAAUCUGCUCCUGACCCAUGUGAGAAAAAUGCUAACUCCAUUACUGAGACUAUUUUCAAUCGGUUACAAUCUUUUGCCACAGAAAGAAUAAAUUCAUCAAUUACUCUUGCUUUUCAGUCUAAUGAAAAUUCAAUUGUUAGUCCAGAAUUUGAAAAUUGUAAACAAGACAACAGUAUUUUUCCUGAAUCAAGCCAAGUUGAAUCCUAUGUGAAUGUCCUAAGACUAUCAACAACCAAAACCAUUCCCAGCCAAGGGCCGGCAGAGCCCACAUUUGUCCACUGCAGAGAAAGUCUUGGAACCACAAUCCAUCUACCACAAGCUAGUCUUAAGGACUAUGCUGACUUCAUUGCCAGUGUCAUUUUGAAGCUUAUUAAAAAUGACUUAGACUCAGAAAUCCAAAAUAUGCAUAUGCAUUCAAACAAUAUUUUAUUCCAAAAGGAUAUCAUUGUGAGUGAAAUUAUUAACAGUAUCUUAGGGAUUUUACAUGAUAAAAGUUCAGCAAAGGAUUUUUUUUUCUCUUCAAAAGAGAAUCCUAACUUUUCACAGCUAACCAUAUCAAAUGAAGGACAGCUAAGUAACAAAGAGAAGGACAAACCUACCACAUCAUCACAGUUUACAAAUGAUUCAUUAGUAGAAAACCAAGUAGCACUGGAAAAGGAAAGCCAGAAAAUGGUCUUGGAAGAAAUAUUCAUGAGAAAAGGGGAAUCAAAACCAAAAGAAAAGCCUGAAUUGCUUAGUGCAGUAGAAGAAGUUUUGAAUAGGUUGAGUCAAAAAAUAACGGAAGUCAUAGGUCAUUUGCCUCCAUCUAAUGAAAUCCCCUACUUUGUGUCAAAAUCUAAAGUUAAAACAUCAGGUAUAACACAAAGGAAUUUCUUUCAAUCACAUAUUAACAUAAUAUCAAGUGAUAUACUUGAAAAUAUUUUGGGAGAAAUGCACUCGGUUGUUAUAACAUCAUUAUACAAAAAAAGUAAAAGUAAGAGAGAGGCAGAAACACAUGACAACAUUGCCUCACCAAUGAAACCAUCGUGUUUUAGAGAAACUAAACCAACAAGGGGAGAAAGUAAUUCCUCUAGUUUUGAGACACCAGUAUACCCUUAUGCUGACAAUUUAAGCACUGUUGUGUUAGAAAGCACAUUUUUGCCAUAUUCACCAAUGCAAAUUGGAAGAUACUUAGUUCAAAUAGUUCUCGAUAAGAUAGCAAAUUUUGUCUCACUGCAUCUAGAAGAGAGAUUUCCUUCUGAAGGUAGUUACGAUGACUCAUACCUUCUUAGACUAUGCAAUUCUAAAGUUAGCCCUAAGAACAGCCCUAGGCCAGGAUGUAAAACAAGUUUAAAAGCAAAGUCAAAAAUUACCUCUCGCUCUAAAUUUAAAACAAAACCACAUCUAGGAAUUAGUGGUGCAAAGGCCAAAAGCAGGACCCAGUUAGCCAUUGGAGAGAAGACUCCAAGACAGGGCCAGUCCAAAACUGCCAUUGGAAUGCCACAAACUCUCUCAAUAGGAGAUGCCAAAACCUUACUGAAAACAAAAUUGCCUGCUUCAGAACUAAGAAAUUAUGCCAAAAAUAUAAUAACUGAUAUUUUAGAAAUAAUUAUGAAAGAACUUGAAAAAGUGGUACAAAAUAGAGCAAAAUUCAAUGUAAAAGCUUUACCAUCUGAUCAAAUCAUGGAAGCAAGUAAAAUUGUUAAUGCAGUUUUUCAAGAAUUGUCUACUACAAAUAACCACAGUUUGUCUUAUCCAGUCAAUGCCUCAAAUCUGGGUGACCUCCACCUUUCAAAGCAGAAUCUAGGUACUGGUUCCCCUAAUGAACAACAGGCAUGUUUUUACUUAGAGAAUGUUUCCUCACAGCUAGAACAGAUUUUUCCAAAAGAAGGUAUAUUUAAAAAAAUGUUUGACAAAUGGCAAACAGAAGCAAAUGAUUCAGAAAAUGAAAAUUUUAAGCUAUUGACAAUAGCCGAAAAUGUUUUGACCGAAAUUUCAGUUAAAGCAAAAGAUUUAGAAUACUCUCUUUCACUUUUAAAUUUGCCACCUCUUGAAGAUUGUGAAAACAGGUUCUAUCAUCACUUUAAAGUUGGCUCUACUAGAGCUGAGGAUACCGAAGCACAAAUUAAUAUGUUUGGAAGGGAAAUUGUCAAAAUGCUAUUUGAAAAAUUACAGCUUUGCUUUUUGUCUCACAUGUCUACUCAAGAUACUAAUGAAGCUCUAACAGAUAAGAAAGAACACACCACUGCUAAAAUAAGACAUGGAGUUCCAACCAAGCACAUCCUCAGGUGUUCACCAACCUAUAAGAUUAAAACAAGAGAUCAGAUUUCUAGGACCCCUAAGAACCAAAUUGUCCAAGAGAUUGUAGAAAGGGUCUUAAACAUGUUAGAGUCGUUUGUAGACUUGAAAUUUAAGCAUAUCUCUAAAUAUGAGUUUUCUGAAAUAGUGAAAAUGCCUGCAGAAAAUCUUUUCCAAGUACAACAAAGGCAAUUAAGCAAAAAGAUGUUGCCAAAGUUACAACCAAUCAAAAAGCUUUGUGAUGAACCCAAGUCAAGUACUGUUGUAUCCAAGGAAAAUAUACAGAAUAUGCAUCUACAGGUUCAUUCAUUCCAUUCAAAAUUACUUACAUACUCUGUCAAUACUGUCAAUGACAUGCUUAGUAUAAUCAAGAAUAAGUUAGACAAAGAAAUAAGCCAAAUGGAACCUUCUCCAGUUAGCACAUUAAAAGAGAAUAUUGCUGCAAGCGAGAUCAUUGGUACACUAAUAAACCAAUGUACUCUUUUCAAUGAGUCUUUGAUCACAAACCCUCCAAACAAAAGUUUGUUCAGGGAAGCUGAAGAUGUUUAUAUUGUUAAUCAGGUUGAAUCUGUAUCUCCUAUGAAAAUGCCUAAAUCAAAAUUCAAGGAAGCUAAUGUGAGAAGUAAUCUUCCACAAAGAAGUGCAUCUGGCCUAGGGUUUGAUGCAGAUGAAGAUAUGAGAGAAAAGCACAUGAUCUCAUCUAAUUCACUCUCACACAUCAGUUCCUAUGUUGAAAACACAAUCAAAUGCUCAGAGUCAAUGGGAAGGCCUAGUUCAAAACCUGUACCAUCAUAUUCUAGAAACAAAGUACAAGACUAUAGCCCAAGGAAACCUAACUUUGGACAUUCUGGUGAAGACAUGAGGGGAAGUAGUGCUCUCCCUGAAGGCAGAGUCUUACAAAAACUUUCUAAGAAAGCAAAUGAUUCCACAGAAAAAUCAUUAAAGCAAGUCAUGUCAUUUAUAAAAUUGGGAAAAGGUGACAAUCCAAGACUGUUUCACUACAAAGCCACCAAACCGAUUGAGCCAAAUGGAAUUCAGACAACUGCAUCUCCACUCAGAAUAUGUUUAGCUGCAGAAAACAUUGUCAAUACAGUACUGUCAAGCUAUGGUUUUCCUCCUCAGCCACACCCGCAUGAAAGCAUGGAGACCAUGAAACCAUUUUUUAUGUCAAAACAAGAUCCUUUGUCUGAAGUAUUUGGAGGACAAAAGAAUGAGAAAAAUUUUCUUAGAAUGUGGUGCAAAAGAAUGAGCAGCAUACCUGAAGAUGAACGUGAAGGUCUUGAAGCCUGCAAAGGAGGCUUUUCUUUACUGAAAAGAUGGGAAAACAAGAAUCCAAAGAUAAAAUCAGAGAGGUUAGAGGAAACUGGCAUCACUGCUUUUGUUGAUCAUGAAUUGGGUCCAAAUGAAAUUCAUUUGGUAGCAAGACAUGUUACUAUGUCUGUGAUCACACAUUUGAAGAAUUUCAAAACUGGAGUUUCCUCUGAGAAGUUGUUGCUUGCCUCUACACUGUCAAGGAACAACUGUGAAUCAAAACAGCUUCUAAGAAGCAUAUACAGGAAUUCUUCAGUUUGUCAGUUUUGUGAAUAUCUCACUGAGUCGGUUAUCUGCCAUUUAAUUUCAAAUAUUUCUGAAGGCUCCAAAGAGGAUAACAAAAAAAAUAAAACGUGGGAAAUCCAAAAUGUAAUAUCUAACAAAAUUAUUUCAGUUCAUUCUCAAGUGUUUAAGAACAAGUCUGUUUCUAUUGGAGAACUUGCUUUGCAUGUUUCUGAGGAAAUUAUUGAAAUUCUUAGUAAUGAGAAUAUUAUAAAAACUGACACUGCACAUCAGGUAUCUUCUGUAAAAACAAAGUACAGUUACUGUCCAGGAGUAACUACUUCUGACUUUGAUAAUAUCUUUCAAGAUCUCUUACAAGGGGUGAUUUUUGUAUUAUCCGAAGAAUUAGGAAUAAAACACUACUUUGAAAACAGUAGGAGAAACAAACCAUAUUCCACACUUAGAAAUAAUAGUUCCAUUUGCAACAAAGUCUAUGCUGUGGAAAGUCAGAUAGGCCCCAGGGAUUGGGAAUUGUCUACUCACCAAACUGAUCAAUUUGUUCAAAGAAAUAAAUUAAAUUACCUGGCAUGUAAGUUAGACAGUCUGGUUGACAACUUACAAACCCGUGAAUCAAAAGAAGUAGUCAAUAAAGUCUUUAAUAUUGUUUUAGAUUUAUUUUCACCAGACGAGUUCCCAGAUGGGGAUAUGAAUUCUGGUAAAAUAGCAAGAACCGUUUUCUCCUCCUCAAAUAAUCAACAAAGUAAUAUAAUACUUACUAAUAACUUAGGGCUUUCCCCUAAAUCAAUAUUUCUUCUCAAUAUUGUGUGUGAGAAACUUAUUAGAACACUGCUAGAGAAAUGCACAGGUACUGCCUUUCUUAAGGAUGUCUUUCUUUCUCAUGAAGCAGCGGAAGAAUGUCGACUCGUAAAAAUACUUCCAAGUGUUCAAGAUGGAGACCUUGAUUAUUAUAAGGCACCAAUGGACUGUGAACAGUUUCAAGGAGAUUACAUGUCAGAUCUUUUGGAAAAUCUGGCAGAAAUGGAUCAAGAUUUACUGUCCUCAGACUGUAUACUUAAUGUUAUUUCCCACAGCUUGGUUAAAUCGUUGAUGGAUGAACUAUCUCAUGGUUUUCAACAAGCUCCUUUUGAAAACAAAUAUUUGAACUACAGAAUAAGAGAAACACAGUCAGAAUUCAUUAAAGCCAAAAAACCAGAAUUAAUAGAAUCAGGACGAGUUAAAGGUCCUUUAGGAUUCAUGAACUGUGACAAUUUUUUGAACAGAUCCUUGAAUACUUCCAGUGUGUCUAGCCUCAAAAUGAAUGCACCAUUUGGCAAGCAGCACACAAUAAAACCCUCUUCUUCAGGACCUCCUAGGAGACAAGUAAAAAGGGAAAUGAAUGCAAUAAUCUUUCAUAACAGUCUAUGCCAAAGAGGUUUAAAUACUGGUGUUUAUUCAGCCACAUUUUUGGAGGAAAUAAUUUCAGAACUAUUUUUUAAUCUGUCUGUAUCAGUGCAGAGGAAAAAUGUGACCAUCACUGAGGCCUGGCUCCAUGAGAUGAAUACCUUAUUUAUCAACAAUGUAGUGAAUGCGUUUAACAAAGCCAACAUUACUGUUCUGAGGAAUGCUGAAGAAAGGCUAUAUUUUCCACCAGUUCAUAAAGAAACUGUUAGUAAGAUCGUUAACUCAGUUUGUUAUGAUGUACUACAACAAUAUGAGUUUAAAGUGACCUGCGGUAAUAAUCUGCCGUAUGAUAAUACUUCAACAGCAGAACGAAUUUCUAGUAGCAUAUUGUUAGAGAUAUUAGACUAUCAGCUUCCAUCUUGCUUCAGGGAAAAGCUCAAACCAAGUCCAUAUUACCCUCUCAAUGCUGAAAUUAUACUGUGUAAACUUCAAAAUCUAAGAAAAUUUAAUUCUGAUCCCCUAUUUUCAAAAAGCUAUAGCACCAUGUUACCACACUCAUUUUUAGAAGAUGUAAUCAGAAGAGUUUUAGCUCAGCUCAUUCCUCUGCACAGCAAGUCUUCAUCUUUGGAAAAAAAAUAUUUAAUGAUUUCAGAUUUUAAUGAAAUGUCCAACUGCAUAGUAAGUAAAGUUAUGUCAGCCAUUUCAAAACAUAAAAUAUGGCUCACCAUCUAUGAUAAUCAGUAUCUGUGUACAGACAAAAACUCCCAAAAGAUGGUGGAUUCUGUUUACAGUAAUAUUUUGCAAACAUCUGAUUCUCUUGCUUCAAUACAGAAAAGCAUAAUCAGUCGAAAUCCAAUUGUGGUUGACCAAAUGGCCAGUUUCAUUAUCCAAGAGAUUAUUGAAAAUCAUCUUCAACCAUUUUUGCAUGGAGAAACCUUACCCCGCCCAAGAACUCCACUGGAUGAGGUAUCUUAUAUGGUUAAACAAGUCCUCACUGAAGUUGUAGAGUUACACAAACCCCAAAAGCCAUCAUCCUUAUGUAUUUACCCUAAUACAUUUGUAAGAGAAAUUGUCACCCGAGUUUUAUCAAAGAUUUUCAGCCCAAAACCUCACAGUACUUUUGAGCUGGAAAAUAUGACCCAAAAAGUAGUAAAGUCAGUGAAUAAUCAUUUAGACAAAGCUAAAGUUCAUAUUACAGUUGAUAAGCCCUUUGUUGAUACUGAUAUUAUAGAUGAACUUGUUACAUCAGUUUACAGGAAUGUUUUAAAGCAGCAUGGGCUAGACCCUGACAUUGACAAAGAGUCUGAAAAUAAUGAUGCUUUUGUGGAAAAGAUUACCUCCUUAAUUGUAGAAGCUAUUUCAGACUACCUUCUUCACCCACUGUUUUAUGGAGAUUUGUCAGCUACUUCAUGUUCUGAAUCAAUCACUGAUACUAUUGUUCAUGAAAUACUUAGUAACAGUAAAUCUAGCAAGCCAAGUCAGAGUUUACCUCCAUAUAACACCUUACUAUCAUACACAUUUUUAGAAGAUAUAAUCAGAGUACUAUUACCUAGAUUCUUUUCUUCUUCAUCUAGCAUGGUUCAAAAUAAUGAAGCUCCAAAAGACAACUCAAGGGUGAAUUUUAAUGAAAUUGCUUCCAAUCUAAUCAGUGAUAUUAGAAUGAAAAUUUCUCAACAUGAAAUUCGAUUUUCAAAAGAUGGGGACAAAACCAAGUCUGUUUAUUCAGAAGAUGAUGCACAGCAUCUUGUUGACUCUGUUUUCUCAGAUAUUUUAGAAAUCUCUGAUUCUCAAGAAUCAGUGGAAGAAAGUAUUACAAAAAGUAAUGAUGUUUUAAUUGAUAGAAUAGCAGGUUUUAUUAUUAAAUAUAUCUGUAAACAACAUCUUCAACCAUUUGUAGAAAGAAAGAGGUUAUCUCCCCCAUCAUAUGCAUCCUUUAUUGAUGACAGGCAGUUAUUUUAUGCCAGUGUUUAUUCUUCAGCUUUUCUGGAAGAUGUGGUCUCUGGAGUUUUAAGAAAAAUAUUCCACAGGGUGGUAGGCAUUGUACAAGUGGAAUCAACACGAAAUUCAGAAGAUGUGCUGUUUGAUAAAGCUGAAGACCUCAUACAUUGGAUAGCAGAAGAAUUCUCAAAGUCCCAAAUUACCACUAUAGAUAAUGCAGAGGAACAGUUGUGUUUGCUUCCAGUAGAGGCAGAUGUGCUUAAAAACGUUAUUGACACUGUGUACAGCAAAAUUUUAGAAGAAUAUGAGAUGGAAAUUAUGGAUGAUAAUGAUUUUCUAAAUGACACCAAGACAUUGGCUACACGGAUAACUAAAAUCAUCCUGACUGAAAUUUUUGAUUUCCAAAUCCAACCAGAUCUUAUAGCAAAUCUUCCUUUAAGGUCACAUUCCAAACUUAAUGAAAAUGUUUUGGUAAACAGAGUCCAAUAUGACAUUAGUAAGUCAAGGUUCCGAAGACAGUCUUCAGCAGUAUAUACUACUAUACUGUCGCAUAUCCAUUUGGAGAAAAUAAUCACUCAGCUUAUGUCUCAAAUUAGUCCACUGCAAUCCAGCAUAGAACAUUCAGAUAGUCCUCAAUCAGACUUAAGUAAUACAGUCAUAAUGCUGAUUAAUGAAAUCAUGUCAAUAAUUUCAAAACAUGCAAUAUGUAUUAUAAAACAUGGGAGUGAAAAAGAAAGUAUGAUUUCAGAAAAAGAUAUACAGUCGAUGGUUGACUCCAUUUAUGCUGAACUUUCUCAUUCAAAUAUAUACCAGUCUCUCACAAAAGAUAAAAGAGGUAUAAGUAGUAUACCCGUUUCAAAAAUAGCAAGUUUCAUAAUAAAAGAGAUCUUCAAUCAUCAUCUGCAGUCAUUUUUAUCAGGAGAUAAAAAUAUCCUCUCAGCUUCAGUUGCUCAAACUUGCAAACAGAAAGCAACCAAUACCAAACAAAGAGAAUUGUCUUUCAUUGUGAACUCAGCUGUCUUUUUGGAGGAAGUAAUUUCUGAGCUUUUAUGCAAAAUUCUUCAGACAUUCAUACACAGUGCCAUGGCUGUGGAAAACCCAGAUAGAACAAUAACCAAAAUAGUGGACAUUGUUACAACAUUGGUCCAAUCAAUUGUUCUAGAGUUCACCACAUCAGAGAUCUUAGUUGCAGAAAACUUGGAUGAAAAUCUAUGGUCUUCAGAUUCAUAUAGGGAAAUGGUUCAAAAAACAGUUAACUCUGUUUAUGAAAACAUAUUAAAUGAAUAUAAAUCUCUGAUUCAGGUACACAGAGCCGUAGAAAAUGACACUACCUGUUUUGCAAGGAAAACAUAUUAUUUUCUAUUGGAAGAAAUUUAUCAUUAUCAGGUGCAGUCAUUAGUUUCAGGAGAAUUAAUGCCUUCUUCCUAUUCUUCCCCUAAAGCUGGCAAUAUCAUCAAAAAUGUGCUCAGUGUCAUCUUGAAGGAUAGCAGUUCCUUGCCAUCAUGCAUUACAGUGUUUCCUUGCUCUCUCCUAGAAAAUAUGAUUUACAAGCUUCUAGUGAAUCUCUUCCCUUUACAUGAGGCUGCAAAUCAACUAAAGGAGGAAGAAGUUACACCAGAUGAUGGUGAUGACUUUAUGACUGCAGCAUCAAAACUGACUGACGAAAUUAUAAAAGAAAUUUCUGAACAUGAGAUCAGACUUGCCACAGCAGAGGAGACUGUAGAAGGUAUACAGUUAGGAACUACUGAGGAUUUCAUUGACUCUGUAUGUAAUAACAUUUCGAAAAAAUCUGAAUUCCAAGCUGAAGUACAGAAAGAGGCACACAGAAAAGGUGGGUCAUUUCUUAGCAAAAUGGCAGGCUUCAUUAUUCAAGAAAUCAUGGGUCAUCAUUUACGACCAUUUUUAUACGGAGAAGGCUCAUCUGGUCAUUUACCUGACUGUGGCCAUGCCUCUGUUGUUGCUAAGUCUAGGAAAGAAAAGGUGCAGCCUUCUCUAUUUUCAGCAACAUUUUUAGAAGAUGUAAUUGUUGGCCUUGCUCACAAAUUUUGUUCUUUCUCAACCAUUACUGAAGAUUCUCAGAAAAAAGAAAUGCCAGAACCAGACAUUGUAAGUAUAGCUAUCGAAUUUGUAAACUCUCUCAUAAAGGAAUUUAGGAAAAGUGAAAUUAAAGUUUUACCACAUGCUGAAGAAAUAUUUUCUUUUCCACCAAUUGGUAAGGAGACAGUUGAUGAAAUAUCUAAUUUUGUAUAUGAUCACUUCAUAGGGAAAUUUGGAUCUGAUGAUAUCCAGAAAGACAGUGCAAGUAAUACUGUUAUAGAAAUGAUUUCUACUUUGACCCAGAAAGCAAUCUCUGCAUUCAAGAUUCAACCGCUAUUUUCAGGAGACUGGACUUCAGCUUUCUUUUCAUUUCUAGAUCCGGAAAAUAUCACCCAAAGAGUUCAGCUUCUACCACAGAAAACCUCCAUGCAGAUAGCUAGAUGCUUGAAACAGAACCAACGUACUGUAUCUAAAGACACAUCAGUGAAAGAGGAGGGCAUUCAAGACCCAAUACUUAACUCUGUAACUGCUGUUAUGAAAAGCAAUAUCGCCACCCUGAUAUCAGGGUCACCUGCAGGUGUCACAAGUAGAAAGACGGAUGAUGAAAAUAAGCUGACUGUUACCCUUCAAAAAAAUAAUGAGAAUGCCUCAAAAGUCACUUCUCCAACUACCAGUGUGAAAAGGAAAGAUACUGAGGAGCAAGAUUUGAGUGAUACACUUAAAAGUGAAAUCAAGAAGGAAAAAUUAGCUCCACAAAAUGAGCAGGGCCGGGUUGUUGAAGGACACAUACACUCUGCAGAUGCUACUGUUGAUAACAAAUAUGAUGAUGAAGUACUUGGACCAGAUUUUGAAACAGACAAUAAAAAGAUUGACAUUUUCAAUAAAAGUUUAUUGAAAGAUGGUAAGUCCAAGACUAGAAGUAAAGAGACAAUAAUAGAGAAAAUGAUAAAAAUAACUCCAAAGGCAAGUAGUGAAGAGAGGGGAGAUGCUGUAGCUGAAAUAGUUACAGAUGAAGAACCAUUCUCAGAAAAUGAACGUGUUGAAAAUGUCAUUGAAAAUAUUUAUGACAAUGUUUUCCUAAUGUCUUCUCAAGAGCCACUGGAAUUUUCAAAACCAUAUAGCAAAAGCUCCCCAAGUGAUAAAGCAUUGACCAUACUUCCAAAUGUUGGCAAAAAUUUUUCACAGUCUGUUAUACCAAAGGAUUCAUCCCUAUCAAUGAACAAAACUGUCCCUGCUAAAGAAAAAGAAACUAUGACAAAAGGAGAGAAGGAGAGAAAGAUCAAAAGAGAUAAAGGAGGAGAGAAAGAAUUUAAAAGCAAACCUGGUGCCCCAGACCAUCCUCAGUACUCACCAGAAAGUAAACCUGGAAUUAUUCCUGCUAAAUUUCUGGAAGAUGUUAUCAUUGAAAUGGUGAACAAAUUAAUAUUUUCAUCUUUACCAGAAACAGAAACAUGUGCUAAAUAUCCAGGUUCAAGUGAUGAUAAAAAUCGUGUUGAACUCUAUGACACAGCUAUGAAACUCAUCAAUUCACUGUUGAAGGAGUUUUCAGAUGCUGAAAUUAAGGUAUUUAGACCAGAUAAGGAAAGUAAGUUUUCUUCACAUGCAAAUAAAGAGUCACCAGUUCAUACAAUAACACCCAGGCAUAAUGAACCAACUACAAAUGAAUCAUCAUCCAGUAUAAGGAAUAAAAAUGUGGAUAAAAUACCAUAUGUACAUGAAAAAGAUGAAAAACCCUCUUCUGGCAAGAUGCAUCCCAUAGAUAUAAUGCCAUCAACUGAAAAAUCAUUGGUCAAUAAAAUAGUUCAUGCUUGUGUUUGCAAUAUUUUAAAGGAACAUAAAUCUCAAGAAUCUAUUUGCAAGACUAUCAACAGUAGUGGGGAAAAUUUAGCCAGAAGGCUAACUAGUUCAGUGAUAAAUGAGAUUUUUCAACAUCAGCUUAACUUGCUAUUUUGUGAUGAGAUACCAGUUUCAGCAUGCCUACCUCUAGAAUCUAAAGAUGUUGUGAAAAAGGUCCAAACGGUGGAACAAACAGCCAGCAAAGAGUGUCAAACAUCAUCCCCAUACACCAUAAUAUUGCCUUACAAAUUUUUAGAGGAUGUGAGUUCUGCUCUUUUAGCAAAAAUUUUCUCAAAAAUAUCCAACAUCAAAGCAAAAUCAUCUGAAGAAAAUUUUUCCACAGAACUUGACUUCCUUCAAAUGAAGUUAGUAAGUACAAUUGCAGCAGAGAUUUCAAAAAAUGAAGAUAUGAUUAUACAUUAUGUAGAGUCCUUACAUCCAAAUGAUGAUGAGAUUAUUCAAUUGGUUGUUCAGACUAUUUAUAAUAAUCUUUUGCCACAGUUUGGAUCACAAGAAGCUAUACAAAGUUGUAUAGCCAGUGAAUGCAGACUCCUUUCACAAACCAUAGUUGACCUAAUUCUACGAGAAGUGGCUGGCAAUCAGCUGCAGAACUAUUUUUGUGGCGAGUUAACCCCGUAUCAGUGUGCAGAAGUUAAUAGUGUUGUUGACAAUAUCCUUACAGAAGUUAUCCUAACUACUCCACCUCAGCCACCACGUCCUCGUAAACUAUCUUAUAACAUAAUAGAAGACAUUGCUGUAAAAUUCUUAUCGAAGCUUUUAUCUGUUUUUCCAAAGGUGCAUAAAGAAAGAACCAAAUCUCAAGAGACUGAGAUGCAAAAAAUAACCUCAAAAAUAUUAAAUUCAAUCCAAGAAUUUAUGUCCAAAAGUAAGAUUAAAGUUGUACAAUCUCCUAAAGAUUCAGAUACUGUGCCUUUAACUGACAAUGCAGCUGUUGAAAAAGUGGUUAAUUCUGUUUAUGCCACUAUUUUAAAAUACUCUGGCUCUCAUGCUUCCAUGUUUGAAGAUUUAAUGGGUAAAAGCAAUAUCCUUUCCGAUAUAAUAGGUUUUUUAAUGGUAAAGGAAAUUUCUACUUGUGAAUUUCAACCUCAAGUAGAGGAAGAAGUAUCAAAUUCAGAAUUAGUUCUAGAAGCUGUCAAAAUUAUGGAAAAGGUUACUAAAAUUAUUGAUGAACUUAAGUCCCAGGAAAACUCUUCUUCUGCAAAGCAUUCAGUAUUAGAUUCCAGCAUUUUAGAGGAAGCACUGGCCUUGUUCUUGGCUAAACUAGUAAGAAUGCCCAGUGCUGCAAGCAAAGGUGCAAACAGCUUAACCAAACCUGAGUUUAAUAAAAUUGCAUCUCAGCUGACAAAAUCUGUAACAGCAGAAAUUUCCAGAAGUAAUAUUAGUCUUGUAGCUUCUGAUCCUAAUGCACAUUCUUUAGAUCCAGAAAAUACAGAAAUGAUUUCUAAGGUUAUUGAUUCUGUUUAUAGUAAUAUGCUACAAGAACCUGGAACCUACAAAGAACUUUAUGCUAUAAAAAAUGAAAGAGCCUUCCCUAAGAAAAUAGCUAACUUAAUUAUUGACGGAGUUUCAAAUGUUCCCUCACACAAAGCUAACAUCAAGAGUUCAUAUACUGACUCCUUUGGAGAUCUAGACACAAAUAGAAUCAUUGAAAAGUCACAAAAGCAUGCUUCAGAAAUGACAUCUGACUCCGACAAAGAGUCCAAUGAAGCUAUAAUAGAAGAUAAACUUCCAGUAAAAAUAAUUCCACAUUGGGGGGAUAAACCAAUCAAAAUAGACCCAGAAAUCAUUUCCAAACACUUAGCAGUUAUUUCUAUAAAAACUCAGCCUCUUGAGACCCUUAAGACUGAGUGUAUAAACAGAACUGGACGUAACUUAGCAGAACUGAGAAGAGCCUCAAUCAGUGGGAAAAGUCAAUCCUCCGCAGACACAAAUGAAUCAGGAAAGAGAAAGAAAGAAAAGCGUAUCUCACUGGACAGGACAGGACGACUGGAUGUAAGACCCUUAGAGGCUGUUGGCAGAAAUUCAUUCCAAAAUAUAAGAAAGCCUGAUAUCACCAGAGUAGAACUUUUGAAAGAUAUUCAAAGCAAAAAAGAUCUGAUCAUUCGGUUAGUAGCUCAUGAUAUAUACCCAGAUGUUUCAAAAAGUGACUUCAGAGAGGAAGUAGUUUUUGAUGAAGAAGAACUUGUUUUAGGAGAGGUUGUUGGACGACAUAGCCUAGGAGAACUAUCUAAAGAACAAGGGAAAGAAGUUGUGAAACCAAUAAAGAAAGAUGUUUCUUCCAAGCCCACAACCAGUGCAAGCAGCCUAAGAAACUUUUUAGAAGUAAGUAAAUGCUGUCAGCCCACAUCUAAGGAAAAUAUUGAAGGUAUCAUUGAAGCAACCUCAAACCAGAUAACAGAAUCCAACAAGACACACAUUAAAAGAACUGUUGCUGAGCAUGACAUGCUGUCUUCCAAAACCUUGGCAGAAGCAGACUCUUCUGGGCAGAAGUCACAAUUUAAGAAAGAAGAAAGACUAGCUAAUGAACCAAUACAUUACUUGAUACACAGAAUAAUGAGUACAUCAUCAUACAAUCAAGAAGAUCUCCUUUCAGGUGAAACAGAAGACUUUAAAGUGGAUCCGGAGGCUAAUGUAUUAGAAGAACAUUCUCAGGAGCCAAAGGCAGGGAAAUCACGCAGUGUUCAGUUUCUCACUGUCCUUGAAGGAUCAAAAAAUAUGACCAAUAGUGUGCAUCCCUCCAAGGAACACAUAUCAGAAAUGCCCAAAACCACUAUUUCAAAACAAGGAUCUAAAGUGAUGGCAAAGGUUUCUUCAACACUGUCAAAGGUGUUUUCCCGAUCUAGCAACAACAUUCCCAAAUCUUCCUCACAACCUCACCAGGAUAAGCACUGA